AUGCAUCUUUAUCAUCCAUUAUCACAUCAUUAUAUCCUUGUUCAAGUGUUUGGAUAUUUAAAAAAUCAACGAGACAUUUAUAAUUGUACGCUAGUUAAUACGCAGUGGAAUAUUUCGGCGUCACCAUUCUUAUAUCGUGCGCCAAAAUUCACUAGUCGGGCAACAUUCUCAUCUUCAUUAACAAAAUAUUUACAAACCAUAAGGAGUGCCAAAGAUGAGCAAACGUUUCAACCAUAUCAUGAAAUGGUACGUGAAUGGAACCUUAAAUAUAUUAAAUAUGUUAGCGUAGCUUAUGAUGUAGCGAAUUAUUGUCCAAAUAUUGAAAAACUUGGUUGUAAUAAUGAAGGAUUUCUUCUAGGUGAUAAUAUGAAUAUAAAAAAUUUAUUAAAUUCUUGGACCAGAUUAAAAUCCAUCGCAUUGUAUCAUAAUUGUGGAACAGACUUGAUUCUUGAGGCCAUUAAAAUGAAUUGCGGUCGCUUAGAAGAAUUAAUCUUAUGUAAUUGUCCCGUAACUGAUAUUGGAUUAAUCCAAGUUUUCAAGACUAUUAGAGGAUUAAAAUUUUUAAGAUUUAAUCAAUGUCAUGAAAUUUCAAAUCAAAGUUUAACGAUGAUGUCGGAAUAUUGUGAUUCGUUAGUCAGGUUGGAAUUGAUCAAUUGUAAUAGAUUAAAUGAUAAUGGAAUAUUAGCACUUGCAAAUUCAACUCAUCUUGCGACUAAUUUACGUUCACUUUAUCUUGAAGCAUUAAAUAUCAAUCAACGUUCUUUAUUAGUUUUAGCUAGAAAUAUUAUGAAUUUACGAGAAUUAUAUUUGAGAAUCUUUGAAUCCUUCGGUGAUGAAGUCAUUACUGCUUUUAAUUGUUUGGAACAAUUAACGUUACAUUGUCCUAGAAUUAUUGGUUGGAGUAUCAAAGAAGCCAUAGUAAUAAGGGAAUUGUCCCUAUUUAUGUCAAAUAUUCAAUUGCAAGAAUUGAAUGCUAUUUGCAAUACUUGUCAUCUCCUUGAAAAGUUUACCUUGGAUGUUAAACAAAUCGUCGCAAUUUCUUUUAUUUCCAUGAAUAGGGAUAUUAUAAAAGUACUCUCCAAACUAAAAUAUCUUAGAUCGUUAGCUUUAUUUUGCGGUAUAAUUUUUACCAAUUCCGAAAUUUAUGAAUUAAAAACCAAUUGCAUCAGGUUGACACAAAUUAAUUGUUAA